AGUUUUUAAUUCAUGUGCUUCAGUCUGACACAGAAAAGGAACCGCGUGGUUUCAUUACUCAUAAGCGUACCUCCAUGCAAAGCCUGUAACUCGUGGUGGGACUCUGUUCAAAACUUUCCCUCAACUUUUCUGCUGGGCAAAGUUAAUAAUAAAAAAAAAAAAAAAGCAAAAGGCACACUUUUUUGUGUGUGUUUGCUGGAGAAAGGGUAUAAAACUUUCUCGGUGAAAGGAAGUUAACCUGUCCAUCCAUCCUUCCAGCGUUCAGUCUUGCUGCUUGCAUCUGCCAACAAUGACGCGAAGGUCCUGCGCUAUCUACACGGUGGGGGCCAUCUGCGCCCUCCUGCUGGUCAGUGGAAUCGCCUUGAUGGUGGCUCAAGUAUUCCGCAAUUUGAUGCACAAACGCCUGAAAAAGGAAAUUGUUUUAGUGGAAGGUAGCCGCGUGUUCGAGUCAUGGAAAACCCCUCCCCCUCCUGUCUUCAUGGAGUUUUUCUUCUUUAAUGUGACCAAUGCAGAGGAGGUCCUUAAAGGGGAAAAACCAGAAGUCAAGCAGAUUGGACCCUACACCUACAGAGAGUACAGGUUUAAGGACAAUGUCACCAUGUUGGACAAUAAUACAAAGGUGUCAGCGUACAACGCCAAAAGCUUUGUAUUUCUGAGGGAUAAGUCUGUUGGUGACCCAGAUGUCGAUAACAUCACCACUGUCAACAUCCCCCUUUGGGCUGCAAUGAACAAGGCGCAGGGAUACAAGAGCUUUCUUUUGAACUUCAUGAUAACAGGCACCAAAAGUCGUCCCUUCACCACUCGAACUGUUCAGGAAUUACUUUGGGGUUAUGAAGAUGCUUUGUUGAACCGCAUAGCCUCAUCUGGUACUGAUGUGGAGAGGGUUUUUGGCCUCAUGUACAAGAAAAAUGAAAGCAGCGACGGAGAAUUUGUCUUUCACACUGGAACGCAGAACUACUUAGAUUACGCACGCAUCGAAACGUAUAAAGGGGAAAGGAUGCUCAAAUACUGGUCAACUAAUGAGAGCAACAGCAUCCUUGGAUCAGACGGAAGUGCUUUCCAUCCCUUGCUAAACAAGAGCGAACGUCUUUAUGUCUUCUCUCCUGACCUGUGCAGGACUAUCUACAUGGAGUUUGAGAAGGAAGUUGAGGUGAAAGGAGUCCCCGCCUACCGCUUCACACCUCCCCGCUCUGUUUUGGCCAGCAAGGAAGAGAACCCAGCCAACGAAGGUUUCUGCGUCACCCCUAAAGAGUGCCUGGGAACUGGGGUCCUCAAAGUCAGCCCCUGUCGGAAAGGUGCCCCCGUUGUUGCCUCUUUUCCUCAUUUCUACCUGGGAGAAGAUAAAUAUAUAGAAGCGAUUGGAGGAAUGUCUCCUCAAAGGCAUCAUCACCAAACGUUUUUGGACCUCAACCCGACAACUGGAGUGAUUGUGCGUGCAAGCAAAAGAGCUCAGGUUAACAUCUUGAUCAACAGAAUCUCUGGAUACCCAGACACUAAAUCAUUGAAAGAAACAAUCUUCCCUGUUAUAUUCCUCAAUGAGAGUGUGGAGAUCGAUGAUGCCUCAGCAGCGAAGGUGAACAAGCUGCUCAUGAUUGUCAAUGUGGGCUCCAACUUCCCACUCAUUAUUGUGGGACUAGGCGGGAUUAUGCUUAUUGUCUUCAUCGUCCUCCUGAUCAGGGCCCAUCAACAGAAGAAAAGAGUUAAGCGCAUUGUGUUUACCAAGGCUGCCUAUGCUACCGCAACUGAAGAGGACACUUCCUAUUCACCAGUCAACACUAAGGAGAAGGACGAUAGCCAAAAUGGAAACUACAUUGGCAUGACGACUAAAACGGAGCAAUAAACCUGGGAAUGAAGGGUAGGAUGGAGCUGCGAGACAGGGCUGAGUGGCAUCCUUUUUCAUUUUAAGCACAAUGUAUUAAAUUUCCUUGGUUAAGCACGUGCCAACUACAGUCCAGGUGUAGCCAUCGGGAUCCUAAAAGCAGUCUUUUUCGGGUUAUGUGUCACCAAUCUGUUUUUAACUGGCUGGAUUCUUGUCUCGGUCAGAGCUGAGUGCUGUCAGAUUAUGACGUGCUCCUAAGCCAGGCACCAAGUGUUAUUUAGGGAAGCAGCUCAUUGGCAUCUGUAAAUGUAGUAUUUGUAAGCCAGAGUCGUUGCUCUCAGGGGGUCUCCUGCCAAGCUGCUGUCAAACAUUAUUAAAGCAGGAGAGACACAAAACUGCAAGUAAUCUCUUUUUUUCUGAAGACAUUUCAAUCAGUUCAGUGUCAUUUUGUCCAAUUUCCCUUUUAUUCACUCAGUGUUGCAAAAACAUGUAUUAUUUUUAUAUGUAUAUGUAGUCCAUUUAGGACUACAUACACAUAAUCAUGAUGUGAAGUGAGUUUUUUGUAUAUACUGGGGGAGUUGAACAACUUUUUGUUGCUGUUAGAGUGUGACCGGGACAAAACUCAAACAAAACAUUGUGUAUUUGGAUUGUUCAAAUUUUGUAAAGUUAGGCAUUUCAUGCAGUUUUUCACUGUAAAUGUUAAUGUAGAAAUAUUUGAGUAUAGAACAUCUCAAGCCCUUAAAGUGAUAACUUGGGAUUUUUGCAGCAAAGUUUUGCUUGAAGGUUUUAGCUAACAUCUAAUCUGCAGUAGAUAAGUAUCCUAAUGUUUUCAUUUAAAGUGAAUCCAGAUUAAUUAAUACAAGAAGCGAAAUGUGACGGCUAGUCCAAAAAAACUCCCUUCACUCCCUAACAUUAUUUUGAGAACUCUUAAACUGUUUUAUAUUUUACAUCAGACAUUUAUUUACAUAAAACUAUAUGAUUAAUUUGACAAGAAAUCAACAUAGGCAUGGCACAUUUGAAGCUUUUCAAGUCAAAAUAGCUGCAUAAUAGAAACGUCAGGCAGAGUAAAAAAAAAAAACUUAGAUUUUUUUUUGACCGUUACAUUCUCUGUUACAUUCUCUGUACAUUUUUUUUGUGGUUAGGGAGAUCAUUGAUGCUUGUACACCUCAUUCUCAAGUGUCACUAAACUGGAUUCAUAUUAAUUGGAUUCGCCAGGAAGUAUCUACUGCAGAAGCAGAACUCCUCCUCAAACAUCCUGAACCAUAUAUGCUGUUCAACUGCCUUUACUAACCAACAUGUUAUUCAGAAAAUUAUUUUAACUGCUGUAGUUGUGCCUUUAUAAAGAUCCAGACUGUUGUGUGCCUUCUAUUGUAUUUGUUCACUAUAAAUGGAGUAUUAUGCCAUACGGAUUUGUCUUCUUCUUCCAGCUUCAAGCAAAAGCAGAACAUGAGACUCAUGGAAGUGUUUUUUUGUUUUAAAAAAAAAAUCAAAUUAGAGACACAAGGCUGUUUUUAUUUUAAUGUGAAUUUUGAUGCAAUCUUGAAAAUGCUGUGGAAUGAUUCAAGUGAAACUGUGAUGAGCCCCAGCUGUGAUGACUGCUCCUGAAACAUGUCAGGAGGGAUCUGAGUAGGAGUUCCCUAUGCACAUAAAUGAAAAAUCAUGAUGUACAUAUCAGACAACAGUUCAGAGCUUAUGCCUUCUUCAUUUUCUUUUCUUUUAAAGGACAGAUCAAACCAGUUACAGACAAUUGAAAAAGUUAAAUGGAGCUCCAACGCUGUUGCAAUUUUUAUUUCAUGUGAGCAGUGCAUUUCUGGAUAGACAUGAUAGAAAUGUUCUUGCUUUUGUAAUGAAAAAUAAGCAGUAUUAUAAAACGGAAAUCUGUCAGAAGUCUGAAAGAGGGUAAAUUAUUUUUGUUACACUUACAAAACCAAAACACUGACAAUGUAGAUACUAGUCUGGGAUUCUCUACCAAAUUUUGAUCACGUUGUUCUGUUCUGUGAAAUUAUUGUUACUACUACAACCACAUAUUGCUCUGAUUGUAAGCUUUUGAAAUGUUGACUUGUUAGCAAUGUUUUUACUGUGUUCACAACAAUAAAGCGUAGUUUCAGUA